AUGCGGUCGUUUUUCUACCAGUGGCUUUUCACCAUCGCCAUCACCGCCGGACAAUACGGUGGCCUUGGUCCGGCAUGCUUUCCUGAGUGUACGGACGGUGCCGCAUGUGUCUCUGGCAUUUGUCAAUGCUCUCAGAAUUCUGCCGUAUACAAUCCCAUCAUUGGUUGUGCAGAAACACUAGUAGUACCAAUACUUCUCGCCCCAAGUCAUCUGCUUUCCAGUCGACUUAUUCCCCAGGCUCUUCCUGGUGCAUCAUGUGAACCGGGAGUGGAAUGUACUGGAGGUUCGAUAUGUUCACUAGGGGUUUGUGCUUGUCCACCAGAACUCCUGCAUGAAGGUAGUGUAUGUGUUUCUCGCACUCUCUACAGUAUGCCCCCAACUCUCGGCAUACCGGCCCUGGCGGUACCACCAGCUCCAGCCCAGGUGGCUCUUGGAGCUCCGUGCUAUACCGCAACGAAUACUUGCGGACCUGGCGCAGUUUGUUCUACUGGACUUUGCCAGUGCUCACCGAGUUACAAACCAGUGGCAGAUUACUCCCUAUCUACCACGACGACGACAGCGAUUAAUUCUAUCGUAGUAGCCGAGAUCACUAGACAUCCGGACCACGUGGCAACUACUGGAAAUGCCUUCAUCAAUAUACCUAUCAGUGCAGCUUCAGCUCAUAAUGAUGUCGACACUUUCCCUCUUAUCGACGAAAUCACUAAGGUAGUCGAUGUAUGUGCCUCCAUUCCUGCAAAACGAAUCAGCUGUCCGAAGAUCAACGAUGAUGGCGUUGUUGUUCCAUGGUUUAUGAUUUCACCACUUCAUUAUUGUCUAAACAUUACAAUAAAAACCGUUACACCUACCGUUCUCAACGGCGACAUGAAGAUGUUCAUUCAUAUGAACGAACGUGGAAAGCAAAUUAGCCUUAGCGUCGACAGUGAGCUGGUUAACAUUGAGCACAUAAACGUGGUAAAUUGUGAUACUGGAUUACCAUUGUGUGUGACAAAAACAGUCUUCGACCAACGUGAGCAACUACUAUCUCUCAUACUCUUAGAGACCAUUGAAGCAGGUACGAAUCUGCGUGUUGACGUCGUUAAAUUUUCGUCUGUGGACAACAUGAAAGUUACAUAUGUUCAGACUGCUGUCCGUUGGGAUAAAAACGCUCCAAUGAUGUUAGGAACACUGUUGACAAACGGUGCCGCUAGGAAGAUCUUUCCAGUUCUAGACAACAUGGCUUUUAAGGCCACCUUGGAUCUUUGCGUGAUGUUCGCACCGACUGCCCGUGUGAGAUCGAACUCGGCCAUAAAAUUUGUAACAACCGAUGGGCUAACGUGUUUUCAACGAACAGUUCCAUUAGCAGUUCAACAGAUAGCAUUUGCGGGAUUCGAGAAUGCCGAGACUUUAAUCUACAACACUACAACUUUGAACGGCACCUAUAUACCCGAUAUUGAAAUCGUUUUCUCCAUAAAUAAGAACUUCAAACGUGAGAAACACGAAUGGAUUUAUCGGGAAUCGUGUAAGGUAAUGACGUUGAUGACAGCUUGGACCCGUUUUCCAUACCCGCUGAAGGAGCUGAAAUUUAUCUCGGCUCCUAUUCGAGCUCCAUCUCAUUCUUCACCAGGUCUCAUCACGCUACAGGAUCAGCUUGUCGAACAUCCAUCAUACACCUUAGCACAUGUCUCGUUAAUUCAUUCAGUAAUCCAACAGUGGUUGCCAGGACUUGUCGGCUCAACAAAGUCCAACGAAUCAUGUUUUAUGGAAUCUUUGUCAGUUUACUUGGAAUGGAAAGUGGACGAAGUGCUACAUAUCGUCAACAAAACUCGUGCCAUUGAGGUCGAAUUAAUUCGACCGCAGGAUUUGAGCUCCGAAGAAAAGGACAGGCUAAGGCUAGGUAUCACUUCAUGUUCGAAGCGUCUAACAGCGAUUUUCUACACAAUUGACGAAACAUUCGGCCAAAAUACGAUGACCAACGUUAUCGAAUAUAUAUUCCACAAUUUUGCAUACGCAUCGACAACCAUCGCCGAUUGGCAACGAGCUGUUGCAAUCGUAACUAAAAAUGAUCACGCCGGUAAAGACUUCAUUGUAAUUCUUGAAAUGUGCAAUACUAUUUUCUUCUUGAAACAACACGAAGAAGUUUUAUUAGGAGUGGGAUAA